UCCUGAGGCAACGUAAUAAAUUGAGCAUAUAAUUAAAAACAGCAUCAAUAAACCUGCAUAGAAAGAUUGCCUUUUUAAAUUGAUAUUGGGUUUGAAAUGACGACCUCCUUGUCGUUAUGUUUCCUGUUUACAAUAGCUCUAGGCAUUGUACUAGCAAAUCCAACAACCCAAAAACACACUAACAACGAUGGACACAAUCACACCGUAACGAACAGCUCAAACACUGAGAUUGAAGAGAUCGCAGACGAUGGGUGGGAUUACGAGAACACCACGAUUGUAGACACGAGGCGGAUUCUGUAUAGCAAGAGAGUUGGUAUUGGGAAGCGACCUUAUAUGGUAUACCUCCAACUAACAAAAGAGUCAGCUAAAGCUCACAAAUACCGCGGCUGGCUCUGCGGAGGUGUCAUCGUCCACCCUUCCUAUGUAAUGACGUCAGCAGCUUGUGUGGAAGACGCUGAUCAUUUCUACAUUGUCUCUGGCACUACAAAGUUUGUAGAUAGCUUCGAUUAUAAGAACGACGAAUGCGUUUGCAAACACAGACGGAAAGUUGUUUGGAAGUGUAUACCUAAGAAUUACAAAUUCGACUUUCACGACAGCAUAAAAUGGUCCGCCAAUGACAUAGCCAUAGUAAAAGUGGACAAGCCAUUCAAACUGGGUGUAGUUGAGAAUGGCUGUGAGUUCGCAACCGAUCUUGUGUGCUAUAACAAUGUUAGUAGAGAAUUGGAAAAGUCUGGAACUAAGGGAUUCAUCGCUGGCUGGGGUAGCGGCAAUCAGUUUAGAGAGGGUGUAUAUCGUCGUGAGAGCGUGCACAUACCAGAAAACUCGAAAUAUUUGCAAGAAGCCAAAGUGUGCAUUAUGGACAACGAGCAGUGUGCUAAGAAGUGGGCUCAAAGGUUCAGGAGCAUUAUCACCCAGUAUAUGAUCUGCACUAAAGAUGUUAUGAAGAGGCUCAGUGAAAUUUGUGAUAAAAAAUACGCAAACUGCACGGAUGUGGAAUCAAGGCGGCAUUUGGAACCUUCUGAAGACCUGCAGUCCGUGCAUGUAGACUUGGGCAGGCAUCUACGGGACCCAGAUGACUAUACAGCCCGGCGGUCUAACAAGCAGGGAGGCUUUUGUGAAAAUGAUCAUGGAGGUCCCCUCCUAGUUAGAUACCAAGGCAAGGAACGAGUGGUGGGAAUAAUAUCUGCGUGCAAAAUAGACCCCAAGUCCCACAGUUGUCAUGGACCCUUCCUCUAUACCAGUGUUUUCAGAAACCGCCAAUUCAUAUCUUGUUCUAUUAAUAAGGAUGUUGAAGAAAGUUGUAGGCGGGUGUUCCGGUCUGGUAUCACGCAUGAAGAGUGGGAUGUCAAUUGGGAUAACGUGGAAGAGGAUGAUGAUACAAAUAAGGCUGCAGCUGGCAGUUCGGAUAAUGAUAAAGCGGAUGAAGACAGUGACGGUGAUAGAGACGUUUUGAGAGAAGAAAGUCCAAAAAAGAAGCCAGCGAAGACCAAAGACUCAGGCGAAGCAAACGACGAUGACGACGAAAAUCAGACAGCAAAACUGAAACACUCUAAAAAGGAGAAACCGAAAGAAAAACAUACAAAACAAAAGAGUAAAUCUAAAACCAAAAAGGGUAAACGACGGGGGAAAGACAAGAAUUCCAACUCUAGGUCAGAAGUAAAAGCUAUGUCGUAUGAGUCAAGUCGAGAUGAUAAUGUGAAUGAGCCUGAUGAGGAAUAAUUUGCUUCUUUGUGUUUU